UUCUCCCAAAUAAAAUCCAAACAAGUCUCAAGAGAAGUGAGUGCAGCAGACUUAUACCAAACUCAGAAAAUCAUCAAAUAUUUCACAUCUCAUCUCAUCUCAUCUCAUCUCCAACUUAACUUCCAUGGCCGCUGAGUCCACCUCGUCGCCUCCAAGAAUCAUCGUCCAGAAAAGCCUCUCCGAUGCUCAGCUCUCUCAGCUCCGCAUCCAAUCUUGGCCCAAGUGGGGUUGUUCGCCGGGGAAGUACCAACUGAAGUUUGAUGCUCAGGAAACAUGUUAUCUGCUGAGAGGGAAAGUUAAGGUUUAUCCCAAGAACAACCAAACAUCCUCGGCGCCGGCGCCGGCGCCGGAGGUUGUGGAGUUCGGAGCCGGCGAUCUCGUGAUUAUACCCAAAGGGCUUACUUGCACUUGGGACGUGUCCGUAGCCGUCGACAAGCACUAUAAGUUUGACUCCUCCUAAUAUUAAUCUCAUCAACAAUCAACAAUCAACAAUAUAAUAUAAUAGCGUCCAUUAUGCACUUCAAUUCUUGCAUCUUAA